AUGAAGUUCACCACCACCUUUCUGGUACUCAGCAUCACCCUGCUCAGUGACUCUGGUGCUGCCUUCUUCAUGGACUCAGCGGCCAAACCUGUGGCUGCCCUGGCCCCUGCAGCAGAAACUGUAGCUGGAGCUGUGCCCAACCUACCAGUCAACUCCUUCAACGCCCUGAAGUUCCUGCUGGCCAGCCUGGGAAUCCCCGUGGAGCACCUUAUCGAGGGUUCCAGGAAGUGUGUCACCGAGCUGGGCCCUGAGGCUGUGGGAGCUGUGAAGACACUGCUGGGGGCCCUGACACUCUUUGGUUGA